AUGAGAGAUCUGUGCCUUGGUUGGAUUUCGCAUGUUUCAAGCUCAUUCAGUUUUAUCUCGGGGCUUAGCUGGGUAUUUGCUCAACUACCGCAGAUUGUGACCAAUUAUAAACUUAAAUCGGCAGAUGGUAUCUCGCCAUCUUUUUUACUUCUUUGGUUUCUUGGAGAUUUUUUGAGUUUCACUAGCUGUUUACUUAAUGAUGCCACACUCAACUUUCAGCUAUAUUUGAGUAUUUUCUUUCUUUGUAAUGAUAUAACAUUAUGUUUUCAAUAUUAUUACUAUAACAGCGUUUACCCAAGGACAACUGCAUUUGAAAGCUAUACACCAGUUGACAUUCUGCCACAACCAGUAGUAAUUCACAAAGAUCUGGAUGAGCACGGUGAAGAAAGAGAGAUACGCCAGCUUCACGAACAGCUGCUGUCCGAUGAAAGUGCGCCAAGUAGCUACAAUUCAACGGAUGAAAAUAAGUCGAUAAUGAAGAACCUUGCUGGUACGAUUGCCGUCCACGCUGGCAGAGCAAAUGCGUUUGCCAAUGACGCAAUGCUUGAUAAGGCCCAACUGUAUACGUUAAAGGAUUCCGUGGGUCUAGCACUUGCAUGGGGCUGCACAAUUGUGUAUUGUGCUUCCAGAUGCCCCCAGCUUUAUAAGAACUACAAACGGAAAUCGGUUGAUGGUAUACUGCCGCUAUUAUUUGGUGCUGCUCUUUUGGGGAAUUUAACAUAUACAUUAUCAAUAUUGACAAGUUGCUCCUUUAUCUUUGGUGAUGACCGAAGUGAAUUUUUUUACAAAGAGUUGCCGUAUAUAUUGGGAAGCUCGGGAACAAUCUUGUUUGACUUGGCUUACUUUUACCAAAAGCGGUUGUACAAUAAUAGCAAGAAGCAGACUAAUACUUUUAGAUUACAGCCGUGGAGCGAUAUAGAAAGCAAUAGUGCGUAA